UCUCCCGCACACGAGAGGAAAGAAAAUCUAUCAUCACUUGUUCCAUAAGAAUUCUGUUCCUGAGAGAAUCAUUGAGAACUUCAAUCAAUUUUAAAGAGCAAAUGAGUAAGAAUAAUUCCAUACUGUGUGGUCAAUGUGAAAGAACAAACACAAAAAGAGAGAAAAAAAGAAGUAAAAAACUGAAAAAAAAAAAAAAAUUGAAAGAGAUUGAUGGACUUUUUGUUUGGCGUUGGAAUUCCGGACACUUUGAACGGGGAAAGAGGUAGGAUUCGUAGACAAGCUUCUAACCUAGUGGAUGACUGAGUGAAUCUGUGGGCUGCUAUGAUGCAUCUGGCUGCUUCUUAAGCAUGGGGAAGCAACUCUCAGUGAUACUAUGGCUAAUUGUAAUCCAACUUCUUUUUUCAACUGGGUUUGGUGACUAUGCUCGUACACCCACCGGGAUUGGAAGUUCUUCUGGUGGAUUCAAUUCGGAGGAGGCUAGUCGAGAUGCUUACGCGGCCCUAAAAAGUAAUCGUUUCCCUGAUUCAUCAGCUCUUAGAAGAUCUGAUAGAGCGGAUGUGGAUGUGGAUGUGGAUUCAGAUUCAAUCCCGCAGUUCAAUGAGCCCGUUGGUCUACAAGCGGAAGCCCAAGAUGGUGGGGUGAUGAUGCUGCCAAACUUUAAUGGUGAAAGGAAUGAUGAAAAUAGUGAGGUAUAUGUCGAAGUUCGAAGGCUAAGGUUCUCAAGUGGUGCCCAAGAUCAAGAUGUAGUUACUUACGAAAUAUUGUCAAGUCUGUUGGCUGUUUCACACUCUGAAGUUCCUGGCUUGGAAAGCGGAAGGCGAAGGUUAUCAUUAUCAAGUGAUGCCCUUGAUGUAGUUGCUCACGGAAUAUGGUCAAGUCUGUGGGCUGUUACAAAUACAAACUCUGAAGUUCCUGACUUGGAAAGCGGAAGGCGAAGGUGGUCAACCCCAGGAGCUAGUACAUCCUCUCAAGUUGCGAGGAGCUCAAAUCAGAGGCUUAUUGAAUUGGGUUUUGCAAUCCUUCUCGGAUCAAUUACUGCUGUUGUUUCCAUCGGUGUUGGUGAGCUAUCAUCUCGAAACAGAUUUAUAUUAAAUUGUGUAUUGGUUAUAAGCGUAGUGGGUUUUGUUUCUCUCGCGGCGGCCUUCAUGAAUCUCUCAUCAACUCCUUCUACUGAUACUCAUACAAACCAAACUGCUAACACAAUUUUGGCCGGGCUAGGAUUCGCUGCUAGUGCUUUUGGGUUCAUAUUAGCGAUAGGUAUGGGCCUCCCAGACAAUCUUCUUUGGGUCAUCGCCCUGGCUUUAAUUGCUCUAGUGUUCAUAUUUGUCAAAACUUGUUUGGAUCGUCGUCCUCAUAUUUAAUUAGGUAUAUAUAUGUAUUGUGUUGACACGAAUAAAUGUUUAUUUUUGUUUUUUGAAAUGUUAAGGGACACUUAGAGGUUAUAUCAUGUGUAUAUGCUUUUCCUUUCAUGUAUGGUUUUAAAGAAUGUGCUAUCAUCUGGUGGAGCAGGAUAUAAAGAUGUUAAGUAUUUGUGGUUGUUGAUUAA